ACAGUUUUUUCCACACUUUUCGUUAAGCACAUUAAAUAAAAUAAGACGCUGGAAUCAAGGUUAACUUCAAUAAUGUUUCCGAAUACAACUUCGAUAGACGCAAUCAUGUUGCUCCGCGCAAAACAGUUUGCGCGUUAACUGUAAAUCACGGAAAAUCGUAAUUCCAUUGUUCGCGAAACGAGUUCGGAUAAUCCCGGCGGAUCGGUCGAUAAAAGGCCGCUCUCGAGACAAUUAUCAGCUUCCAAGCGACUCCCAAAAGUUCCAUAUUUCUUCGGUGUUUCAUCGUUUCGCGUGUAAACGUAACGCACGUGCUUUAAACUCGAACGGUUCGUUCGAAAGAUUUUUUGAAACGAACUAUAGUACGGGAGACGAUCGAGCGCGUUGCUUCAUGCGGGACACCCUGUACAUGGAAUAACGAAGAUCGAAUCUGGUGUUUGUGUCGGUUUACAUCGGAGAAUUUCGCCUCGCCGUUCACUGUUCCAAAAGGUUGCCCUUGUCGAUCUAAACAACAGAAAAACCGGCGCGUAUCUUCCUCGGGCGCAGUUCGUCAGCAGCUAUCUUGCAGGAGUCAACGUCGUCCGGCGAGUCUCGAUUUGCUGGGAUGUCUUUGCAGUUGCUCCAGGCAAGUAGAACAGAACCACUUAUAACAAAUUUUGCCUGUGGAAGCAUUCCUGUGUUCAGAGAAAGGAAUCUCGAGACCUACGUGUAUAACGUGCCGGAAGAAUAGAAUCUGCACCGACAUCGAAUCACAGACGCUUUGCCAGCCUAGGAUGCCAAGAUGGCCAUCAACGUUUUUGCAACAAACGUAACAACGGAAAACAUGAGCCGACACGAUAUGCUCGCUUGGGUGAACGAGACGUUGCAAGCAUCGUUCAUCAAGAUCGAGGAAUUGUGCAGCGGCGCGGCUUAUUGUCAAUUUAUGGACAUGCUGUUCCCGGGUAGCGUGCCCUUGAAACGGAUCAAAUUCAAGGCGAAUCAGGAGCACGAGUACAUACAGAACUUUAAGAUUCUGCAAGGCGCUUUUAGGAAGAUGAAAGUGGAGAAGAUCGUUCCCAUCGAUAAGCUAGUGAAAGGCCGGUUCCAAGACAAUUUCGAGUUUCUGCAAUGGUUCAAGAAAUUCUUUGACGCAAAUUACUCUAGAACGGAGCCAUACGAUGCUCUGGCCGUAAGAUCAGGGGACACCAUGGGACGUGGCGGACCACCUAUCAGUAAUCCGAAGCGCGCCGUUUCUCGUGAUGUUUUACAUAAAGCGCCAGCUCGAGUCGGUGAUGGAGCUACGUCCGUUGCGCAGACAAGUAACGCCAAGCCUGCAAGCAAUAUUAAUAAAGUAUCGGCGCCACGUCCGCCAGUAAGAACGGGCCCCGUCGGUAACCGUGGAGACAAUGAAAAAAUUGAAGAACUCCGUUGUCAGCUGGUAGAUUUGAACAUGGCGGUGGAGAGUUUGGAGAAGGAGCGAGAUUUCUAUUUCAGCAAAUUGCGCGAUAUCGAGGUAAAGUGCCAAGAGACUGAUAAUGAAGACUCUCCUGCUAUAGUACAGAAGAUCUUGGACGUUCUUUACGCCACGGAGGAAGGAUUCGAGCCACCCGAUGAGAUACAAGAUGGACACGCGCCUAACGACGAGGAAGAAUAUUAAUUUUACAUUUCUAUCUCUCCGAGCAACGGAAACAUUUGUGUUUCACGUUGCACGAACAAAAAUGAAACAGAACAUAAUUGCACGAACAUAAUUCUAUCAUUCUGUCGGGAUAAUUACAACCAGGCACGAGAAGAUAAACUGAUAAGAUUCGUAUCAUAUUCGUCGAUAAAACACCUUUUGUAACUUUAAUAACGCGAAUUAAGACGCAAAUUGCUCCGAAUAACUGCACGAAGUAACUUCAUCGAUUAUGCAAUAAUAGCUCGCAAGUGUAAGAAAUUGAAACACACAGAUAGACUAUGUCGUUAACUUUGAUAUAAUGAUUGAAAAAAAAUAUGAAUAUACAAUAACGAACUGUGACAAUAUGUAAAUCGCUAACUCUGUUGUCCUCUUAAUAGUUGUGCGUGCCCAAAAAUACAAAUAAAUUGAGUGCAUUGUUCUCGA